AUGUCGGAAUCUCGCUGGAUCCCACUCGAAAGCAACCCAGAUGUCUUUAACAGUUGGGCUGCAACUGCCGGACUAGUAGCAUCCCAGGCGUACUUCGAGGACAUAUAUGGCCUUGAUCCAGAACUUCUAGGAAUGGUAUCGGAAGGUGUAAAAGCGGUUACACUACUCUUCCCCUGUUCAGGGACCAUUGCGACAAAACGCAAAGAGGAAGAUGAAAAGAUUGCAGCUCAAGGGCAGUAUCCGAUCGAUCCCACUAUUUUCUGGAUGAAGCAGACGAUCGUAAACGCUUGCGGAACCAUGGGCCUUCUGCAUGCUUUAAUAAACUCAAAUGUCACUUUCGCUCCUGAAAGUCCAUUGGCUAGAUUUAUUGACGAAUGCAAAGAAAUAGACAAAACACCGUUGGAACGUGUCAAAAUUCUCGAGGAGACUUCUCUAUUCGAACGGAUCCAUAGCUCCGCAGCCUCCACAGGACAAACCACGGUGCCAGAAGAUCUGGACACGUAUCUCCAUUUUACUUGCUUCGUGAAGGCGCCCGAUGCUACUGCGAGGGAAACGGAAAGCCAAGCCCGUAGGUGGCGCGUCAUAGAGUUGGACGGAGCUCGCAAUGGUCCGAUCGAUAGGGGCGAAUGCACUAACUUGCUCCAGGACGUGGCUAAAAUCGUCAAAGACCACUAUAUCAAGGAAAGCAAGAGCGUCAACUUCAGUAUGAUGGCAUUAUGUUCUGGCACAAGAUUAGAUUAA